AUGGCAGUAAUAUUCAAAUUAAAGAGAUAUCUUUACAUGACCAGAACAAAAUCAGUACAUUAUGCUCUAUUUCGAUUAUUGCAAUGCAGGUGGAGCAGUAUCUACAGAAAUCGAUACAAGUUGCAAUUUGAGAGGAAUUUCUGCCAAUGGGAAAAUAGCCGCCCUUUAGGUUUUAAAUUUGCAUGGAUUAGAAAUAAGGGCGAAACUAUCAUGCCCAAAACUGGUCUAAGUUACUAUCAUACUUAUCAAAAUCCUCACUAUAGUCAUUGUCUGCGAUUUUGGUAUAAUAUGAAUGGAGCAGACGUCAGUCGACUACAAGUUGUAUCAUCCACAUUGAAAUAUUAUGGUCAAAAGAAGAUAUCAAUUGCUGGAUACGCCGGAGAAAGCUAUGAAGCAGAUAUUGAUAUUGACAACAUUACGUAG